UCGUCAACGUACUUGGAACAAGCAACGAUGAUCGCAUUCCGUGCCUGCCUCCUGGUUGCCCUGGCCGGCUGCGCCUUUUGCCACGUGCUCACACCCUAUGGCUUGACACCUGUCCGAGGCGUCCUGCCAUUCCCCCCCACCUUCCCCCGGGUCUUCGCAACGGGUCCGGUGAUUCCCUUAGGAGCAACGCCAGGCGUCAAGGUGACCAAGACGACAAAAACAACCACUACGAAAGUCGAUGACGACGUUGGCGCCGACGGAGACGCUGCCACAGGCCCUGACGACGUUUCUAAGGUUACCACCACGUACAAGACACCAGGUGUCACGGCUGUCCACCCAUUUCCGGCUGUUGGAAGAUUCCCUUUCACCCGGGUGACCACUUUCAUUGCUCCAGGGUUCCCAGCUUUCCACCCGCACCCAGCUGUCCCGGCCGCCGCCGGACCUGGUGUUACCAAAGUUCACACUGACACUAAGGACACUGAUCCUGACGUCACUUCCGUUGAGUCUACGCCGGGAGACACAACCAAGGUGACCGAGGUCAAGACGGCUACCACUCCCGCCGUAACUGCUCACAGACCCGUGACUACACUGACUCGGUUCCCAGUUUACUUCAACCGUUGGGGUUACGGCUACACCCUUCGACCCUUCGGCUUCGGUUUUAGGCCUUUUGGUAGCUAUCGAUUCGGGCCGUACGGCUUCGGACACGGAUUUGCUUUGUCACCAUAUGGUCUUAACUACGGCUAUGGCCUCGACUACACCACCAUCCUCAAGAAGUAAAAGAAAAGAUUGACUCUCGGAGCCACGCCCACUCGCAAUAAACUUCUACGUACCCACAAGGAGCAGAAACAUCUCCAGCCAUCAUCAGUUCAUUUUUUACUUCAGUUUUCAUUAUUUCAUCUCUUUUUAUAAAUACGUCCCUCUAGAACCACAAUCCUUACACAUACAAUUCAGAACCCCUUUUGUUCCUUGGUUUUGAAAUAAAAUGCCAUAGAAUAAAGAUGAAAGACGUUUAAAA